AUGGGUCCUUUAAAUCCGAGACAAGCGGCCGCUGGGAGCUAUGGCUGCUCUAUACCUGAUCACAUUGAAAAUGUUGGUGGCGGACCAUUUGUGGGAAAUCUCUCAUUCUACCACUUCAACAUGAUUGUUUCCGGUGCCUGCACUAUCAUAGUGCUGUUCUUGACUUUCGGUCUUAUGGGACGCCAUGCGAUGCGCAUGAGUAACCCCGAAGAACAAAUCAAGAUCAUGCGAAUCGUCAACAUGAUUCCCUCCUACCAAGUCCUGUCCUUCAUCUCGAUCUGCGUUCCAAACUCCUAUAUCUAUCUACAAGGCUUCACCGAGGUAUUCCAGGGUAUUGCUCUAUACGCCUUUCUGAUGUUACUCUGCGAGUUCUUGGCCCCCACGGACCGGGGUAAGGUGGAAUUCUUCUCUUCGCUCGAGACGAAGAGACAGUGGCAACCAAAGAAGAAGAGAAACGGUCUUGCGUUCUUUAGUUUGACCUGGUGGUCUGUCCUUCAAUAUCCAAUCAUCACCUGUAUUACAGCUGUCGCACAGCUGGUGACCCAGUUGUUGCACAGGUACUGCCUUUCAAGCAAAUCACCCCACUUCGCUCAUGUUUGGAUCACAGCUGCCACAUCUCUGUCAACAUCAGUGGCCGUCAACGCCAUCAUUCAAUUCUACAUGAACAUGAAGGAACAUAUGAAAGAUCACCACCCACUCACCAAGUUGCUGGCAUUCAAACUGAUUGUCGGACUGGUCAUAUUGGAAAAGAUCAUUUUUCUCAUCUUGGAGAGCGCCAAUGUCCUUCACAACAACGACACAUUGACCUAUGUCGACGUCAUGAUAGGUCUACCAGAAAUGAUCAUCUGCGUACAGAUGGUCCCGCUAUGCUUGUUGGUCCUUUACGCUUACCGGACAAAGCCUUACGAAAUUUCCAACGCGUCUCGCACCGUGAUCCUGCGGCCUCAAGAGUACCAGGCCAUCGAUUCCGAUGGCGACGAGGAGGUGUUGACGAGUGGAUUCCAGAAACGCUACCAGGGUGGCUGGAUGGGACUGCACGCAUGGGCCGCUUACUUGAACCCGCUGGGCUUGCUCAUGGAUGUCAUAUCCGCUCAUAGAAUGAUCUCCAAAGCUCGGGCUCUACAAAGGGCGCAGAUGAAGGAGCAAGCCCAGAAGGAGGAGGAAAUGACAAGAUAUGAGACCGGAUAUGAUACUGCCGAGGGAGCAUGA